CGAGCAUGCGGACAAGCAUGCGGAUUCGCACGCACUCGAAUCGCCUAAAACCUUUUGUUAUGAAAAAUACGAAAAAUAUACACAGCUGAUUUGAUAAGAUCGAACUAUUAUAACUAUUUACUUCGUUUUAAUUGGUUUUUGAAGGUUUUGCUAGGUGAUCCUGCAUCUUUGGUAUCUUCAAAUUGAAACUAGGUUUUGAUUACUUAACAAGAAAAAAAUGCCCACUUAUGAGCUAGCGUUUUUGUUGAAAAACAUGACCAAGCCUGAACUAGCCGUGUCUAUGAAAAGGGCAGCCCAGGAGAUUUUCAACCGUGGUGGUUUCAUCAGAAAAAUGGAAAACCUUGGAAUUAGCAAAGAAACUCCUUAUAAAAUUUCGUCCCAUGGGCAAGUGCAUCGGACAGCAAGUUACUUUGCUGUAAAAUUUGACAUACCACCAUCUACUUUGGACGAUUUGAAAGAUUCUUACCAAAGAGAUGUGGACAUUGUCAGGUACAGAAUCUAUAAAGUUGAGGAACCACCUAAAUUCGAAUGCACUCUGCACGAAGAAAACUUACCACCAGCCUACAGAAAGGAUGUGCAGCAAUUAAUAGCAGAGAGCGAGAAGAAUAAACCAAAACAGUGGGAUGCAAAGUCAGGCCUUGACUACUAUCCGUUCCAAAGAUAGGCGUUCAUUAAUUACUCCGUGGUAUAAUUUUAUUAGUAAAAACAAAUAAAAAAUUAGAAAUUUCGGUAAUAAAA